GCCAGCUGGUCACCUGCUAUGUGGUCUGGCUGCCGUGGAUGAUGCACUGGGAGAUGCUGCUGCGCCCCUUGAGGUACUGCUGCCUGUGUGGCGGCUGGCAAGUGUGGAGUUUGCGAGGCCUCAGCUCGGAACCCGCACAGGGCACAUCCUCAGGGCUGUGCGGGGUAGAUGGGGGUGCCUGUGCGUGUGUGAGGGUGUCCUUCCCCAGCUGUGCUCUGGCUGUCUUGGUCCUGGGAGGCGAAAUGGAUGCCGGAGCGCCUGGCAGACACUGCCCGCAGCUGUGGGCUAGGGGAAGAUGGGCGUGACCAAGGCUAAGGAUGGCAGGGCCGUUCGGGCUGCCCCAGAGCAGGGGCUCCGGGCUGGAGCUGCCUGCAGGUACAGGACCUGGAGAAGCAGCGGCAGAGCCGAGCGCCGGGCCUGGAACAGCGGAAGAGCGCCGAGCCGCAGCUGCAGCACAGGACGAGUGAUGAGUUCACCGAGGCAGCGGCUGGCGGCGAGCACGGGGCCGCACCCCAGAACCCGGCUGCCUGCUCACCCCACCCCGAUGCUUCUCAAGUGCCCCAUGGCCCAUCAGGUUAGUGCAGCAGUGCUUGAUCUGGGCUGUGCCUGUGCAGAGGAACUGAAACUGGUGAAACCUUUUGGAGAAGCAGAAGUUUCUGAUUUGGGCUUCGUGUGAUUUGUGCUGGAGGAAGGUACUCCCUCGACAGUCCUGGAGGCAGAAGAGUUGUGUUUCUAGAGCAGGUUGCCUUGGUCCUUCGUCCCUCCGUCCUGCUGCAAUGAGUGGGAAGUCCUUGCUCUUAAAAGUCAUUCUGCUUGGGGAUGGUGGAGUUGGGAAGAGUUCCCUCAUGAACCGCUAUGUCACCAACAAGUUUGACUCCCAGGCUUUCCACACGAUUGGUGUGGAGUUCUUAAACCGGGACCUGGAGGUGGAUGGACGUUUUGUGACCCUCCAGAUCUGGGACACUGCGGGACAGGAGAGAUUCAAGAGCCUGCGAACCCCUUUUUACAGGGGAGCAGACUGCUGCCUGCUGACCUUCAGUGUGGAUGACCGGCAGAGCUUUGAGAACCUCAGUAACUGGCAGAAGGAGUUUGUCUAUUAUGCUGAUGUGAAGGACCCCGAACGCUUUCCAUUUGUAGUCCUGGGCAACAAGAUAGACAAACUGGAGAGACAAGUGAGCACGGAGGAGGCCCAGGCCUGGUGCAUGGAAAAUGGUAACUAUCCAUACCUGGAGACUAGUGCCAAGGAUGACACCAAUGUGGCAGUGGCCUUUGAGGAGGCUGUGCGACAGGUGCUGGCAGUGGAGGAGCAGCUAGAGCACUGCAUGCUGGGCCACACCAUUGACCUGCACUCCAGCUCCAAGUCAGGCUCUUCCUGUUGUUAGGAGAGGCUGCUGCUUCGGGAACAUCGCUCAAGCCAGCAGCUGGAUCAGAGUAAGCACGGGCAGCUCGGGGGCACUCUGAGAAGAGUGGCCACAAGGACAAAAAGUGGUUUGCUCACUGGGGAGUUGCAGUGUCACCGUCUGAAUUCUGGCUGGGGUUUUCAUGCACAGAGCAUGUUUCUGCAGGAGGGAGCUUUUGAAGGAACAUGUGAGCAUAGUCCUGCUUCCAUCUCUACCUGGUUUAGCAGGUUUAGAGAACUGGGUUAAAGUCCUUUACAUUCACUAAAGACAGCAGUGAUCUGAUCUGUAUCAAGAACUGCCUGCGGGACAUAGCUGAGAGCACUCUAGACACUCUUUGAAGUAUUUUAGUCCUGAACUCAAAAACAUCCUAGAGCCACUAAACUCAUGACCUUACUGCCAAAGGAAAAAUCUCAUCAGCAGACUGAACCAAACUCGGUGCAGAAACUCUAGCCCCCGUGACUGUGAGAAUGCCAAAUGCUGGAGUGGCUGAGGUGUGCCUAUCUGUUGUCUGGGGUAAGUGCUUUGUGUCCUGAGACUUGAAUUGUGCUGAGAACUGUUAAAACUCUGAUCCGAAGCAACGUGACGAGGAGAGGUGGAACUGUGUUUGUGGCAGCAUCGCUUCUCCCUGGCUGCCCAUUUCUGGUGUGGGUUUUCCUCACCUCUGAGUUUGUCUCGUGUGAGUGUUACUUUGUGGAGACACUGCCUGCUGCUUGUUUAAUAGAGGUUUCCUUGUCUCUUGUGGAGGCUCAAGACUGGAUCUUGCUUCUCAUUCCUCAAAGCCCUGGAUAUGAAAAAAAUAACCAAGUGGACCCUUGCUGGGUCGUCUCAGAGGGUUUAGAGUUACUCAGGAGUUCAGGAGAUCUGGAGCAUGAAGCCUCAUCUGGUUUCUGUCACAAGUAAUCGGCAGGUCCAGAUGAUGCACUCUAGCAGACCAGAUGGUAGGUGGGUGGGAUGUCUCCUAGGUGUGCAGGUGGGCCUGUGUGGAUAAAUCCACUCAUCCCAUGUGUGGGGCCAGUGGCCACUGUGCUUUGGUGGCUGGCAGAUCGGCAUCCUCAGUUCCUUUAGCACAUAUGUUCCUGUUGGGAUGCUGCAACACAGAACUGUUCACGUUAUUACUUGUUGUGUCAGGUGCAGUACUGCUGAGCACAGAUUACUGAUGCCACUUUCCUGGUUCUUAUUCCCUGACAGGGGAUCCAGUAUGGUUUAUCUCUGAUUCAUAUGGCAGACUCCACUGGCAGAGGAUGUCCACUCAGUUAAGUGGCCUUUGUUAAAGGUUGCUGAGUUCAGUCCACUGAGGGGAGAGCUGCACUGGUUCCACCUCUGUUCAAGGUGACUGAAAAAUGGUAUUCAUAGGGGCAAGGAGCCUGCUAGAAGAAGAUGCUGGGCCUUUAUGAGCACAGCUCCUGCACCCUGCUAGGUGUUAGUCCCAAGCUAUCUGUGUAGCAAAGAGUGCUUGCUGACUGCUCACUUUACCAUUGUGACCUCAUGUCCUGCAACUUCCCAGGCAAAUGUUUGUCCAAAACUCUGGCUUUUCCCAUAAGCUCAAAGCAGCUUGCCAUGGGGAGAGCUUCUCUGAGUACAUAUUUGCUGUCUGCUGAAUGCAACUCCCACUGUGAUGAGCUACUGGCUGAUGGAUUUUGUAGCUCAAAUCGAGCAGCCUUGCUUAUGCUGUGCUUUAGAGCAGGGCAGGCUCUGCCUUUCCAGCUGGUGGCUGUUGAACCACGUUUCUGAGCACACAGGGAGUGUCCUCUGAUGGAACUCAGGGUGUACCUGCCCUUCUCUGCAAGGCAGCCACGUGUGGAAAGGAUCAAAGCUUUAAUGCGAAGUGCUUUAAAGGGAUCUGAUGUCUAAACGGGGCUGAACACUCAUGUUCAGGGGGAUGGAAAGAGAGAGUGCUCAUAGUCUCUGGAGAAGCAGAUCCCUUGAGGUAUGAGAGAAAGUUCUGCCUCUGUAGGUGCAACAGAUUUUUACAGGAUAUUGAAGUUUUUGUUGCCAUUUUUUACCAGUGUCUGACCUCUUUGAGCCGCUAGGCUGUGCUUCAGUUUAACACUGCUUGAUACCUCCUUCAAGGCCCUAGACUCUCUGACCCGUGGUUCCACUGCACAUCUCUGAGCAGGUAUGACCUUCGGAGCUGGUUCACACAGGGGCUCAGGCCCCUCUGCACUGCCCAGCCCGGCCAGAGGGGCUGCUGGGGGAAGCUUCCUGCAGGUGCUGCUUCCCCAGCUCGGAUCCUGUGUGAACUGUGUGAGGAUCAGCACCUCCUGUGGGAGAGGACAGAGACUGAGCAAGCCACGGUGUAGGAGGCAUGGGGGCAGCAAACUAUUUGCAGUGCCCUGGUGUAGAUGCUGAUAGCUGAAGCUCAAGCCCCUCAUUGUGCACAGGCAUGUAUUGCUGGAGGCUGUUACACAGCAUCUUUUACUUCCAACAGACAUUGGCUCGUUGACUUGAAAAAGAACCCACCUGUUUUAUUAGGCUUAUGUGGUUUAAAAGUUCAUUUUAGAAGGUGUAGUGUAAUGUAUUUGUUUAAUUUAUUAUAAAUGUUGCACACAGUUGCCAAAGGAGCAAGAAUUUAUAGCUUUCUGUUGCAAACUUCAGUGCCAACAGCCAUCCCCUCCCUGUGUCCACUCAUGCUGCUGCAGUUGUUGCUAUUGCUACAGAGCUGGAAUUGUGAACCCGAGGUUCUCCCUUUAUUUAAGCAAAUAAACCAUGAAUGUAUUCAA